CCCCCUCCCUCCCUCCCCCCAUCUACAACUGCCUGCUUGCCCAUCAGACAUGGAGAGGGGAGCGGCGGCGUCGUAGCUUCCUCACUCAGCCCGGGUCGGUUCUUGUUUCGGUAGCCAGCGCGGAGGUGGUGGCGGCAGGAGGAAAGUGGUCGCUUUUGCUGCUGCGCGCGGCCUCUCGGAAUGGCGGCGAGGGCGCCGCCCUCCUCGUGGCGGCGGCGGUGGGCGACGGGGUUCAUGAUGGUGGUGGUUCUUGGUUCGGCGGCGGCGCCGCAAGGGGUUGAAGCAGGAGGCGACGGGGAGGCGCUGAUGGCGCUCAAGGCCGGCUUCGGCAACGCCGCCAACGCGCUCGCCGACUGGGACGGCGGGCGCGACCACUGCGCCUGGCGGGGCGUCGCCUGCGACAACGCCUCCUUCGCCGUCUUCGCCCUGAACCUGUCAAAUCUCAACCUGGGAGGGGAGAUCUCGCCGGCGAUAGGGGAGCUCAAGACCCUACAGUUCGUGGAUCUCAAGGGGAACAAGCUCACAGGCCAAAUCCCGGAUGAGAUUGGGGACUGCGUCUCCUUAAAAUAUCUAGAUUUGUCCUUCAACUCGCUGUAUGGAGACAUCCCCUUCUCCAUCUCCAAGCUCAAGCAACUUGAGGAUUUGAUUUUGAAGAACAACCAGCUCACUGGACCCAUCCCUUCUACAUUGUCCCAAAUUCCAAAUCUCAAAACCUUGGAUUUGGCGCAGAACCAGCUGACAGGCGACAUCCCAAGGCUCAUCUACUGGAAUGAAGUUCUCCAAUACCUAGGCUUGAGGGGUAAUUCACUGACUGGAACCUUGUCACCUGACAUGUGCCAGCUGACUGGCCUGUGGUAUUUUGAUGUAAGGGGCAACAAUCUCACAGGAACAAUUCCAGAGAAUAUUGGGAACUGCACUAGCUUUGAGAUUCUGGACAUUUCGUAUAACCAAAUCUCUGGAGAAAUACCUUACAAUAUAGGUUUCCUUCAAGUAGCCACACUGUCACUUCAAGGAAAUAGACUGACUGGGAAAAUUCCAGAAGUGAUUGGCCUCAUGCAAGCUCUUGCUGUUCUUGAUCUGAGCGAAAAUGAACUAGUAGGGCCCAUUCCUCCGAUACUUGGCAACCUAUCAUACACUGGCAAACUAUAUUUACAUGGCAAUAAACUUACUGGAGAAGUACCACCAGAACUUGGGAACAUGACUAAACUAAGCUACCUGCAACUGGAUGAUAAUGAAUUAGUGGGCACAAUUCCUGCUGAGCUUGGGAAACUGGAAGAGCUAUUUGAAUUGAACCUUGCCAACAACAAUCUUGAGGGCCCUAUUCCUACGAACAUCAGUUCAUGCACUGCUCUAAACAAAUUCAAUGUUUACGGCAAUAGAUUGAACGGCUCUAUCCCUGCUGGUUUCCAAAAUUUGGAGAGUUUGACUUACUUGAAUUUAUCCUCGAACAAUUUCAAAGGCCAGAUCCCAUCUGAACUUGGCCAUAUCGUCAACUUGGACACACUGGAUCUUUCCUACAAUGGAUUUUCUGGACCAGUUCCUGCUACUAUUGGUGAUCUUGAGCAUCUUCUUGAGUUGAAUUUGAGCAAAAACCAUCUUAGUGGAUCUGUGCCUGCUGAGUUCGGGAACUUGAGAAGUGUCCAAGUAAUUGAUAUAUCCAACAACGCCAUGUCUGGUUAUCUCCCUGAAGAACUAGGCCAACUUCAGAACCUUGAUAGUCUGAUUCUUAACAACAAUAGUUUGGCUGGGGAGAUACCUGCUCAGUUGGCUAACUGCUUCAGCUUAAAUACCUUGAACUUGUCAUACAACAACCUUUCUGGACAUAUCCCAUCGGCUAGGAACUUCUCAAAAUUUCCAAUGGAAAGCUUCUUGGGCAAUCCAAUGCUGCGCAUUCGCUGUAAAGACUCCAGUUGCAGCAAUUCUAAUGGACCAAAAGUGGUUCUUUCUCGGUGGGGGAUUGCAUGCAUUGUCUUAGGCUUCAUCGUAUUACUCUGUGUUAUGCUAUUGGCAAUAUAUAAAACAAAUCGACCGCAUCCACUUGUCAAAGCAUGUGAGAAACCAGCGCAAGGGCCUCCAAAGAUAGUACUCCUUCAAAUGGACAUGGCUAUCCAUACCUAUGAUGAUAUUAUGAGGCUGACAGAGAAUUUGAGUGAGAAAUACAUCAUAGGCUAUGGCGCUUCAAGUACUGUGUAUAAGUGUGUGCUCAAGAGUGGCAAGGCCAUUGCUGUCAAGCGGCUUUACAGUCAAUAUAACCAUGGUGCCCGCGAGUUUGAGACAGAACUAGAGACAGUUGGUAGCAUCCGGCACAGGAAUCUUGUGAGCCUUCAUGGCUUCUCCCUCUCUCCUCAUGGAAACCUACUCUUCUAUGACUACAUGGAAAAUGGUUCCUUGUGGGAUCUUCUCCACGGUCCAUCAAAGAAAGUGAAACUUGAUUGGGACACACGUCUGAGGAUCGCAGUUGGUGCUGCACAAGGCCUGGCCUAUCUUCACCAUGACUGCAACCCUCGCAUAGUCCACAGGGAUGUCAAGUCCUCUAACAUCUUGCUCGAUGAGCACUUUGAAGCACAUCUCUCAGAUUUCGGCAUCGCAAAAACUGUCCCUGCUGCCAAGUCCCAUGCGUCCACUUAUGUGCUAGGAACCAUUGGCUACAUUGAUCCAGAGUAUGCCCGGACAUCCAGGCUGAAUGAGAAAUCUGAUGUAUACAGCUUUGGUAUCGUUCUUCUGGAGUUGCUCACGGGGCUGAAGGCUGUCGACAACGAUUCCAACUUGCAUCAGUUGAUACUCUCAAGAGCUGAUGACAACACUGUCAUGGAGGCAGUGGACUCGGAGGUGUCGGUGACAUGCACGGACAUGGGCCUCGUCCGGAAGGCCUUCCAGCUCGCCCUGCUGUGCACCAAGAGGCACCCCAUCGACCGGCCAACCAUGCACGAGGUCGCAAGGGUGCUGCUCUCGCUCAUGCCAGCCCCUGCCGUGAAGCCUGUGACAGCCUCGAAAACAAUCGACUACACCCGCUACCUGGCGACGACGCCCGACAUGGACCAUGGUGGUGCCGACAUCGGCGACAACAGCUCCUCCGACGAGCAGUGGUUUGUUCGGUUCGGCGAGGUCAUUUCCAAGCACACAAUGUGAUGACCAAUCCUCGCCCCAAAAUUUUCUCCUCCCCAAGGUAGAGAGAGCUGGAAGUAAGAAGCUAAGAAAGCAUAGUAGCACAGUGCAGGAAAAUAGGUGUAGGAUCUCUGAAGUUGAUGGAUGUAUGGACAGUGCCAUUGUUCUUCACCUCCUUUUUUUUUCUUUUGCCUUUCUUCUUGGCAUUGGGUGUUAGAAGUGUCUCGUCAGAACAUAAUCAAGAUUUAGGGUUGCUGCGUGGAGGAGUUCUCGGGCAUUCAAGAGUGGAUCGGAAUUGGUAUCA